UGAGCUUACUGGAUGGGACCUGACAGUUGAUCCACUUGUGCAGUACAUCUUCAUCGCACAGAUCUUUCAAACCGCCUUUGUAUUAAUAAGUUUAUUAUUUUGGCACUGCUGUAAGAAGUGGUCUGCCGUAUUUGGAACAAUGGAUUGCCGUAUUAGCGUUUUCUCUGCGUUGAAGAUGGUAUUUCUAGCAAUCUCCUGCUUGAAUUGCAGAAUAUCGGAGUCAGCACCCGCCUUCUUUGAUCUGAUGAUAGACCCUCGUGACAUCCUGACGCUUGUUAAGGCAGCGAGUUUCCUGUCAAACUAUGGCUACAUCACCCCGCAAAAGGGUAAUAUGCCACCAGAGCAGAUGAAUGUGACAGAGAUGUCUCUUGCCAUCCGGAAGAUGCAGCGGUACGCCGCCGUUAACCAAACUGGCGUACUCGACGAGGCCACGGUCAGGAUGAUCAAUACGGCCCGCUGCGGUGUCCACGACGAACCGGAGGAACUAACGGAUACCAGAAUUGAGAACUACGGGCCGGCAGAGUCCGGAGAUAGGCGCAAAAAGCGAUAUGUUGUGGCUGGAUUGAACUUCAAGUGGAAAACGAAUGACAUUACUUACAAGUAUAUAAGAAUAUCGUCAUUUUGGCCAACUUAUUACAAUUGUUUUGGUAAAGUGACUGUUCCCAUUCAACCUAGGAUUGUCAACUACCCAGAGAGGUCGCGGUCUAGAAUCACUGAUGCGCAGGUCAGGGACGACACGGAGAGAGCCUUGAAAGUUUGGAGUGACGUUACACCUCUGUCUUUUACCAGGGUCAGUGACAAUGAGGCGGCUGAUAUUGAAAUCUCAUUCGGUUCUUAUUACCACUCUGACAUUCCGCGAGAUCCAACCUUCGACGGGCCGGGUGGGACCCUGGGACACGCCUUCUUUCCCAACAGUGGCUGGGGAACAGCGAAUGGGGACGUGCAUCUCGACAACUCGGAGACGUUCACUCAUAGAGAAGUCGACGAAGGAACGGACUAUUUCUACACAGUUGCGCAUGAGAUCGGCCACGCCCUAGGCUUAGCCCAUGCUACAGACAAGUCCUCACUAAUGUUUCCGUACGAUAAAGGUUAUAUUCCUGACUUUGUAUUGCCAGAAGAUGAUACGUACGGUAUUCAGCUUUUGUAUGGGCCGAAACCCGAUGGUCCGUCUAAAGAGGCUGUAGAUACUCCAACGGUCGCGCGAACCUAUCACGAAAUAUGUCAGCGGGGCGUCGAUAGUCUGACGGUCGUCAACAAUGUCUUACAUGUGUUUUCAGGAAGUAAAUUCUGGAAGAUGUCGACAAAUAAAGAGUUUGUUGGCUCUUCAGAAGGGACCGUUUGCAGAGAUUACUUCGAACGAUUGAAAGUGGGUGCCACGGCGGUGUACACGCGAUGGGACGGCAAAGUGGUGUUUUUCAAGGGUAAGAACUACUGGACAUAUGACGGCAAGAACGUAGAAGAGAACAAGGCCUCCAAGAUAGCAAGUCUAGCAGGCGUGCCCAAAUCACCCACAGCAGUCAUGCAAGACAGGGACCAGCGACAUACUUAUUUCUUCAAAUAUUCUAAGGUGUGGAAAUAUGACGAGCUAGCCCAAACACUCGUUGAUGGGUUCCCGCUGGGAGUGCACAAGGUGUUUGACGGACUGCCUGCCAAGAGCCGAGUACGCGCAGCAUUUGUUGAUGCACAAGGUGAUCGAUAUCUUCUUGUUGGGAGGGAAUUCUACCGGUUCCCGAACGGGAAAGACCAGUUGGAUCCGGAAUACCCGAAAGACUUUCUGGUGGAAUAUUUCGACUGCCCACCAGAACAAUAAGGAAGAGUAAGAAAGCUCUUCGAGGUGGGAGUCAAACAAGUCUCAGAGGAUUGUUUCGAAUAUACUCUAUUAAUUUAAAAAAUAUUUCAAAGAGUGAAAAUACUAUAUUUAAGGUUGAAGUGUACUAGGAAGGAAGAUGUUAAGCCUAUGUCAUUGUUAACCGGUUUUGUGUAUAAAUAUUGUGUAUUAAAGCACCACAGAUGUAGUUUUUCUUCAAGAACUCUCGUGUAGUGGACAAAAAGGGCAAGUAGAACGUUAGAGCCAUUAUUUUUCAGUAAAAUAAAACAGGAAGAUGGUUCUAACUAAGAAUAAGGCCACCUUACUCUCCUCCAAUAAGAAAAGCUUACAAACAGAUUGCUUUGUAAGAGAGCUAGACAGAAAUGGAAGUAACCGGUAUAUAAAAGAGUUUUAUAAGAUGGUUUCGUCGGAGGGAAGUGACAAAUUUUGUGUAAUCUAGAAAUAAUUUUUUUUUUGUUCGGAGGAGGGAGACCAUUUUGGGCAAAUUGCAGAGGGAGAGAAAGGUCGUAAAAUGUUCAGAGCAGUAUGUAUAAUAUUUUCAAUUAAUAAAAAUUAUAUAUUGGAAUGAUAUAUACUGCUUAUAAUUGUGUGUUCAUACAUGAUGUCAUU